GUUGGGUCGCAAUUUUGAUAUGCCGAGCAACAUGCGUGAACCGUGCUGUGAUUGCUACUUUAAACGAAAAGUUGCUGACAUUCCUGAAAAUGCUUGGUGCACAGGGCAAAUCGAGAAUUUGCAUGCGGCUGCGUUAUUCUCGGACUGCAAAGCAUCUCCCGGCUUAGCGGUUGAGGAGAGCACGGACAAGGAUAUCGGGCCGAUAGGAAUUCGCCCGAGCUCAGAUUUUAUGAACGUGUGCGUGUGUACGUUAUGUUUCGAAGAGAUUAAUUCAAUUUGUAUGCCUCCUUGUUCAACUGUGCAGGCCAACCCGAUCAAUUACAUUUCACACGGUUACGAAAUUUUUAAACUGAGUACCGAUAUAGAAAAUAGUCGGAUUAAAUACUACACUCAGUACGGACCAGGAUCUGCAAACAGUAACAUAAACAAUCAGCAUUUCUGUCCAUUGUGUGUUGAAGAAAAAACGAGUUGCUGCUCUCAGAAAGUUCCCGAAAAAUCGCUAUCCCUCUUUAAUACGGUAACAGACGAAAGCAAGGAGCCUAUUUCGGUAUCAAAAGACGGAUUGGAUAUCCAAGGAGAAGCCCUUCAAAAUUGCCCCGGCGAUUUAAAUGGUUUCAAUUCGACUACUCUGGGCUUACAGCAAAAUGAAAAUUUAACAAAUUCGGUUUUUGAAAAUGAUGGAAACGAUGAGUAUUUAGUCCCCGAAGAAAACCUAUCGUUAAACCGUAUCGCUUUAGUUUUUGAAAACGACUUAGCGGUGAGGAAUGGAAAAAACUUUUAAAGGAAAAUUGGUCUGCCUAAGGGCCAAUUUUUUAAACUGAAAAAGGAUUUCCCUAAAAAAU